CUCAGGCACUGCUCCAGAAUCUCCCAUAAGCGUUGAAUCGGGUUGAGACCCUUUAAACCCCCUAUGCUCCUUUGAGACCUCUCUUUCAAAGUCACUGACAUCUCUUUUAGACAUGGUAGCCAGAAUAAUGGGAAACGGGGCAUUUUUAUACGUGACCCUAAGCAUGAUGGGAUGUUUUAAUUGCGUAAUUAACUCAGAAACCCCAUCUGUGUGGUUGCAACUGCUUUCAACAUACUUUGAAUCCCUCAUUCACUCAAGUAUUUCCUUUUAUUUUGGUAUUUACCUCUACCUAAUGAAUGUGAUUCAAUGUCAUGCACAUCUGCCAUAUUUUAUUCAAGCAAUAAGGCAUGUAGUGCAUGGAGCCUAAUGUAACUGUCACAUUAUUUGAGCUUUACAAAUCCAAGUGGUUUUGCGUAGCGGUAUUGGAAAUUUAAAUUAUAUUAAUUUCCACGCUAAAACUCGGGAAUCCUAAGGGCGCUCGCCACUUGGGGUAGCAUGCACCCUUUCAAAACUUCAGUUCAGUCUUAUAUUUCGGAAACAAUGGCUUGUGUAGCUCAAAGUCUGCCCAUGUGUAAGGCCUGCUUACAUAUUUUUCUUUCUAGUAUUAAGUAUUGUCAGUCCGUCCUAUAACUCUCAAACACGGCUGUUGCUGCUUCAAUUCUCGGUAAAGGCAAUCCACACCAAGCCCAUUAUACCCCAGAAUCGAUUCUGAUUUUACUGUUUAAGCCAAUGUGUGUAAAUGUGUCUUAUUUUAGCUGAGAUUGUAGUUCUUUAAACCUACUGACACAUCUUGAUUGGUUUGAGGAUCCCUGUUGCCUUAAAGUGAAAAUGUGCCAGAUUUAAUAUUGUUUCUAUAAGAUUUCCUGCCUUCUCCACAACAUCGAGACUAGAAUUGAAUGUAUUGGGUUAUAAACUGGGAACAAUAAAAUUAUAUCUGGAAUUUUGAAUAGAUAAAAAGUUUAUCUAUGCAAUUCAAAUUAACGACCUGGGAGUGGGGAACUUGGCAGUCAGAGGGCUUAGUCUAAAGUCCCUGUUAUGUUCAUAUGUAUGCAUUGUAUUCCCUUGAUGUAUAAUAAAACCAUUUCCUUUGGGAUAGAUGCAUCACACAAAAACACUGGGAUAGAUGCAUCACACAAAAACACUGCAUGCCUUCUACCAAAUAAUGAGUCAAGUUGUCCACAGCAGUAGUUAUGAAGCCUACCGGGCGCUGCUAACAGAAUAAAUACAUCUCAAUGGAACGCCGGGGGAGUUUCCGCCGUUGGUUACCGUUAUCAACAGCCAGCAAGUCAGGGAACAACAUGAUUGUGGUCCUUGUCUUGUAGUCCCAGUGGGCGGUUUUAUUAGAGGUCAACACUAUCGGAUCUGCUACAGUACAGGCUGGCCAAGUAACGUUAGGGGUAUAUUAUGGCCGAGGACAAGAUUGAUGAGUGACUGAGGCAGCUUAUCGACUCUUUAAUCCACAUAAGACCCUGACACUGCUUUAAAGCCAUCCAAGCUGUUGAGUCUCCUGCUGCAAAUCUGGUCAGUGAAAAGUGAAGAACACUGGAGAAUUGGAGAGCAGUUUAGGCCGGAUAUCGGGAUGGAGCAGAACAUUGCUGCACUGGAGCUGGUAGAAGUUCGAAAGUUACAUGAAUUAGUGCGGAGACUAGAAAUUCAAAAUGAAUCUCUAACGGAGAGGCGAAGAAAUAUCAACACCAAAAACCAGGCUUUCUCUGGUGUGCUUAUCAGCUGUCCCACUUCACUGGAGGAAAAUCUAAAUUGCUGUGAUUUGCCAGACCCUGAACCAUCAGAGGUCAACGGUGGGGAUGGUAUAUCUCCACCUCCUCUUGAAAGCCCCAGAGAUACACUAGUGAGGCAGGAUGGACACGUAUAUGAUGGCUGUUAUACACACUUGCCCCACAGUGACAUGCUGGAGGAGACACACAGGCAGGGAUGCAUGGGGUCAGAGGAGCUGGUGGUCAGGGACACAGAGAAGAGAGCAGAGCACUCUUCUCUGGAGCUAGUGGACCUCCUGGACCUAGAAGAGUGUUGUGAGGUGGAGAAUGAAGUGAGCUGGUUAUAUGAGUCACCCAAGAAAGUGGCAUCUGCUGAGAGACGUGAUGAGUCCCCUAUAAAGUGGUGCAGACAGGUCCUGGACAACCCCAGCCCUGAAACAGAGGUGGCAUGUCGCACAUUAAUUAAUAUCCUGGACCAAAAGACGAGAUGGAGUAGUAUCUUUAGCAGUCGCUACCACAGACGUCCUGUAGCCUUCCCUGACACUGGCCAUCGCUGCAUGGGCUCACCUUCCCCUCGGUACCAGAGAUCAACUGACAGAAGUCAACAAACCAACAAACCUAACAGCUCAGAUGGCAAUGAUGCCAUUUUACCACCAUCAAUGGACGAGAAUGAGCCGAGUUUCUCAGAUGACUCCAUCACCAUGGGCUACAGGCUGCAGGACCUCACUGAUGUCCAGAUCAUGGCUCGCAUGCAGGAAGAGAGUUUACGACAGGACUAUGCCUCCAUCCCUGCUGCCCCCACACCGUUCAGGGGUCCUGGUGCAUCCAUGCUGUCACCUUCUAAUUAUAGCUACAGUGAUCUGGAGUUCGACAAGUAUAGCCUGGAGGACACAGUCGCAUACACACCGCCUCCCAGCCAGCUGCCCCACUACCGCCGUUCCCCAUUGGGCCAGUCACUCAGAGCCAUAGCCCAGCCUGGUUACAGCAGCCUGCUGCCAAGGCCUCCCAGUCAAGUGACCACUCAAUCUAAGCUGUUUAAGAUUGCAAAGAGCAGAGAGGGUCUGAGAAGCAGCAUGUCCAACCAGGAUUCACCUCCUCGCACCAGCCUUCGCUCUCUCCAGGCAGUCAGGAACAGCCGCAACCUGGAGGCCAACGGCCAGCUCCUUACAGACCACCCCACCUCCCGCCUCACCUACCCUGUAGCAGGUUCAACCAGAUCUCCACCAGGUGAGUCUUCAGUCAGGCUUAGGAGUGGUGGCCGAUCUUCAUCCGUUUCUGCCAAAACCUUGAACUCCAGUGACCCCCCUGCAACUGGAGCAGCACGGCAGUCCCUGAGAGAAUCAUUUCAGGCCUUGUCUAUUAGAGGGCUGCCGAGAGCCCAGUCCCUCAUCCCCUCUGGUUUGAGGAUCCCCUGUCCCAGUAAGGACUUUUCAGUUGGAGGGUACCUAUCAAGUCAUGUCUAUGCCUCCCCUGAGAGGUCGACUACCAUGGCUUGGGGCAGACUGGGGCAGCCUGCCAAUACCCAUAGGUAAAAAGGUAUACUCAAUGUUUCUCAGUAAUUCCUCAGUAAUCUGUAACAUACUCUCACUCAAAAUAACUCCACUUAAUGUAUUAAAGCACAUUAAACAGUAGGUUUGGUUUCUGUGAAUUUGAAUUUAAUUAUUGUUUUCUUCUGCCAAUCAUGCAGUGCUGGUUUAUUUUGUGUGGCUUCA